UCCGGGUAGACUGCCAUUUUAAAGAGUCCGGUUACAAUUACUGCCUAAUACUGGUACUGUCUAACAUAUCAUGCAUCAUAAUGUUUGGCAUCAAUACACACGUGAUGAUUCUAGAGUGACAAUCAUUUCGCUGGAAUCACAGUAUUUUUAAAGUUCUCCUGGAAGAAACUGAUGACUCUUGACACGAUGAAGGAACAUGGCAUGCUGUGUUGUCUUCUGCCAACUAUCGUCUAUCUUCUUCUGCCUGAUCUUCCAAUCACUGGAGCAUCCACUGAUUGUGUAAAGAUAGAGAACUGCCAAGAAAAUCAUAAUGGUAGCUCUUUGAAAUUCAAAUACCCUAAUGUUCAGCUAGACAUCAGCGUUUUGAGAGGGAAAUACAUGGAUCCGUCAAUGUUGUGCAAAGCUGAGGGUUUCACCAGCAUCACAUGGCUGAAGGAUGACAGGAUUGAGUUCCCGUUUGGUUUUAUGCCUGGCAGCAGUAAAUGUUAUACGAGUCUGAAAGACUGUAAUCAGACCGUGGAGAUAACCAACACACAGAAAGAGGCUAUCGGGAACUAUACAUGUCUGGUGUCCAAUGGUGAAGAGACGAUACAGAGGACAUUCCAUGUGUAUGUAGAAGAUGAGAAAUUCACUGAUGACCCAUCUACGAUUGACCAUGCCAACUGCAGUGAUAUGGCGGUGAAACCUGGGGAAGACGUCUACCUUUUUUGCGAGUUCUGUGCAGGUGACAAAUCUCAUGUAACCGAAGUCAGAUGGAACAAGCUGGAUGAAGAUGAGAAUCUGGUACCUGUAAAUCAGCUGACGGAUGGAGAGGAUGAGGAUGGGAGCCGGUAUUGGGAAUCGCCCAACACUUACUCCAGAGAUUGUUUUGAAACAUACAAUCUUCCAGCUGCAGUUGGAAGGCAGUUAAUAAUCAGAGAUGUUACAUCAGGCAUGUUUGGUAGCUACGUCAUCACUGGGAAUUACACCCUCAACGGAGCAUACAAGGGAGACUCCAUAAAAAUCAUUGUCUCACAAGCACCUGACACGAUGAUUGAGAUCACUGUUGGCGUCGUGGUAUCAUUGACUGUCAUCUUCUUGGUUGUUACCGUGGUAACAGUGACCUGUCACAAAUACCAUCUGACUCUACAGCUCUACUGGAAGAAUCGGUUUGGAAAGAUUGAAGAACAUGAUGGAAUGGAACAUGAUGCCUUCAUCAGCUUCAGCGACUCACCGGAGGAUGGGAGGUUUGCCAUUGCCGUAGCGCAGCGCCUCCAUCAGCAGGGUUAUGAUGCAUGGAUGAGAGAUAUGCAUGCUAUACCAGGAGAAGCAUUGAUAGCGGAGGAGAUUGUCAGCAUGAAACGAAGCCGACGAUGUAUUCUCAUCAUCUCUCCCGAAUACUCAACAUCUUCUCACAGUGAAGUAUUGACUGAUUUGGCAGCUGACCAGACUCUAAGGAAGAGAAGUCGAAUCAUCCCGAUCCUCUACCGAGGCGUCACCAGGGAGCAUUUCAAGCGACACCGGCGUCUGGCCGAGAUCGUGAGGGUGUGUCCCUGCAUCACCUGGCAGGAGAUGGAAGAUGCUGGUUCCUCUGAGAACCAGCUUGGUAAUAGCAUCAGUGGGAGUAGCCCAGAAGGAGUGCAUGGCAAUGGCAGCAGUGGGAGUGGCCUUGGAGAGAUGCCAAACAACGAUGUGAGUGGGAGUGGCCUAGGACAAAUGCUUAGCAACAAUGUGAGUGGGAGUAGCACAGAAGAGCUGCCUAGCAAUGUCUCUGGGUGUGGUACUGGAGAAAUGCCUAUCGACAGUAACACGAGUAUCAACAGUACAAAUGAUGAUGAAGGCACACUUGCCUGCCAUAGCAACAAUGGCAUGAGGAUGACUCGUAGAGAUGGAGAUAGUGAUCAGCUUAUCGAGGACCAGGAAGAAGGGGAGAGAAAGAAGAGGGAGAUGAAGACGAAGAAGCAGAGGGAAAAGUAUGAGAAAAGACUUCUUUUGAAAAUGCCGCCUAAACGAUUAGUUGCUAGUCAUGCUGGAAAUGUAGCUUCAAUGGUAGUGUAAGUCUAUUCAUUGCCAUGUGUCGGAUCACAAAUUAGAGAUAAUCUUGGGUUUUUAUAAUGAUGGGAAAUAAGUUAAUACAGGGUCAAACCAAACUUAUACUGAACGUUCAAAGCUACUGGUAUAUAUGUUUAUAUAUAUAGUUUUGUAUAUUAUCACAUGUGCUUUGAAUAUGUAGAUUGUUUAGAUAUGUAUUAGCUUGCAAUAUUUUGUUACACAUCAUUAUAGAGUUUGAGGGCAUUAGGUAUCUCUCUCUCUCUCUCUCUCCCACUCCCCCUUCCUCUCUCUCUCUCUCUCUCUCCCACUUCCCCUCUCUCUCUCUGUCUCUGUCUGUCUCUGUCUCUGUCUCUGUCUCUGUCUCCCACACACACCUAAUAACUAUUCAUGUAUGUACUACCAUUGCAUGUAAGUGUGAGAUCAACAACAUUACUAUCAUGCUUUCACUACAAUCGUGUUUAAAAAUGUAAAGUUUACCUUAUACCCCCUUCACAUUCACUUUUUCUUAUGAGCUCUUACGGAUCGCACAAAUUCACGGAUCUUUCACAGAUCCUUACGAUUUGGCCACUUUUACGACCAAUUUCAGAGUUGUUACGAGUUAAUAUGAGCUAUUUAAGAUUUAUUACGGAUUAAUUCGAGUUAUUACGAUGUAUUUGUCAUGAGUUGUCGUGGAUGACUACGAGCAACUAACGGGCAUUUUACGACCUGUUUACGUGUUGUUACAAAUAAUUACAAGUUAGUUGCAAGUAUUUACAAGUCCUUACGAUUUUGCAGCUUUUAUACCUUUCCCCAAAUCGUAAACAAUAGGUAAGAAUACGUAAAUUAUACGUAUCUAUUGGAAAGUACUCAUAACUACAUGGAAAGUGCUUGUUAUAACUAGAAAUAAUACGUAAACAAAUCGUAAACUGACCGUAACAAAUCGUUAAAAUUUUUGUUACAAGUCAUUUACAGAUUCUUGUGAGCAGUUUACAGAUGGUGUUGUUGUGAGCGGUUUAGGAGCGUUUAACGAUACUUACGGAUUGUUAUAAGUAAAUUACGGAAAAUAAAUCCGUGGACAAUCGUAUGAACAUUUUUUGACAUGUCAAAAAAAUUUGCCUCUUCUAUAUAACACGGAUACUAGCAAGUUAUUUACGGCUGCUUGCGAUUGACUACGAGUUGACGAUUCGUAAGGACUGUACGAAAAAUCUGUUUAUGUGAAUGGGGUAUUAAUGAUUACAAGUAAGAUUCACCUUUAUACAGUGAACAGAAAGUAGUAUUCAAUACAUAUGUAUAUAUAUAUUUAUAUAUAUAUAUAUAUAU